CGUUGUCAGUAGGACGAUCGAACACGAAGGAGCGAAACACUCUUUGGAAUAUUGCCGCCAGUGGCCAGUCAAUCUCCGCACCUCAGUCCCGAACGGGCUGUUGUGUGCCCCCCCAACGAACGGGCUGCGGGCCAGCGGUAAGAACGGCCAAACGGCCAGCUCAAACUCUGCAUUUUAGAUGCAAGAUUAUUAAAAAAAAAAUAUUCACGUCCGCGGCAUGGAUUGAACUUUUGUAGCGCGAUGGUGUGCCAGGCGCUGACGGUCCUGGUGUGGGCGCUCUUCAGCGUGUGCUCCACGCUGCUCGGCAUGCUGCCCGUGCAAGGCUGGCUGUGGAGGCCUGACCCCAGGCCCUGGCCGGGCGCGCUGGCGUGGGCCGUGUUCCUGUUCUCGUCCUCGUACAUGAACAUGAAUAUGAACGGGGGUGCCGACGACUCGCCGUCCACUACGGGCAACUCGGUGUUCAAGUGUGCGGUCAUGCUGUACCUCGCCGUUCUCCGGACGGUGGAGGGGUACGAGCGCUGCCGGCGCCGCGGCGAGCUGUGCGCCCUGGCGCAGUGCCUGCGCCUAUACUGCGCCUCGCACCCGCUUUCGCCCCGGGGCUGGAGGGCGCUGCUCGCCAUCGCGCUGUUCAGCACGUCGUACGGCCUAUACAACGGGAUCACGGCCGUCUGGUGGAUCGAGAAAGGCAAAGCCCGCGCGAUUAUACCCCUCGCCCGCGUAGUGUGGUCCACGUACUCCGGCGGGCUGCAGCUCUACGUCCUGACACUCUCCGGCUUCACGGGGCAGCUCGCGCGAGACCUGCGCCAGGACUGCCUCCGCGCCCUGCGCGCGGCCGGCGCCUGGGUCCCGGGCCACAACGAGCACGUCGCGGCCAUGCCCAGCGACGAGGCCCGGCUGGCGUGGUCCGCACGCCGGAGGAGCACGGCCCCGGCCGCCAGGAAGAGUGUCGGUGGCGUGCUGUCCGGCAGCCGGCACACCCUCGGGGGCGGCCUCGGCGCAACACUCGGCCACACCCUCGAGGACACCCUCGACGGCUCGCUCGGGGACCGCUGGCGCGCGAGCAGCGACGAGUUCCGUUGGCGGCGGUUCCGCAUGCGCCACAUGGCGCUGCUGGACAUGGGCUGCAUGGCCUCCGUCAUCACCAGCUGGCAG